AUGACGAAUCCAGCUCCAACGCACAGCCACGCGACCGCCGCCAACAUCUCCGUCUUGACCGUCAUCCUGACACCGGCGUUGGCAGGUCGAGACGACGUAGCCGCAGACGGCAAAGAGAGCGUGACAGUAGGCUUAGGACUGGGGCCAGAGGCGAGUGUAGUCUUGUUUGCCGGGAGGGUGGGGGGCAUAGAGACAGAUCCUGUAGAUGAGGGUGUGUGCUGUGACGAGAGAGUCAGAGUGCUGUUGUCUGAUGACCCAGAAGAAGCAGUGGAAGUAGCUAAUGAUGAAGAAAGAGAAGAUGAACUUGAAGGUGGUAGCGAUGAAGUCGUCGAGUUUGACGACGAAGAAGUCUCCGAUGUAGGAGACGACGAAGACGAAGACGAAGACGAAGACGAAGACGAAGACGAAGACGAAGACGAAGACGAAGACGAAGAUGAAGACUCCACAGAUGACGAAGUAGUCAAAGAAGCGCUCACACUCACCAGCGUGGACUCCACAGACGCAGAAGACGACGGCAAUGACGACUCAGCCGAAGAAACCAACACCGAUGAUGGCGCAGUGGUGCUCACGCCCUCUGUCGUCGUCGCCGUCGCAGCUGCACUGGUACUAGUGCUCUGA